ACGGAGCCAGCCCCUUACCCUUGUUUACAGUAAACUUUAAUUUGCAGCGGUCAGGUCAACAUCCAAACCACUCUGCCGGCAAUUGCACAACGAUAGAGAUUUGCUCGAAGACCGCCGGCUUGUAGCUAUAGACUCGGUUCACCUGCGCUGUUCAGUUCAUUGAUUGUCUUGUUAACACCAAUUGCUCGUUACGCACUCUAGUUACCCAGAACACGGCAAAGAGCAGCACUACCCGACUCCAGGCCCAGCUACAUUACCUGCCCAUCUAGAACCCAUGGCCGAAACCGAUGUCGCCGUUGAUCCGGCGCGAAAUCUUGACGCUGAUCUUGAUAUUAUCAUAGACCAGCCGCUGCUUGAUGGGGAUGAUGAGGGUGAGAAAAAUCUGGGCGACUAUGGCGGUGACAUGGAAGUCGACAAGGAGCCUUCCAAAGGCGAAGAGCUUCCCGAGGCGUACUCUUUGAAGCGGUUUGAGGCAGUCUACAUGCACGGAGUAGAUCAUAUGUCUACGAACGAUGUGAAGGAAUACUCAGCCGCCUAUUUUCCCGACGAGGAGCCAAAGUUCGAAUGGGUCGACGACUCGUCAAUUGUCCUUGUUUUCAAAUCAGAGGAGGCUGCCGGAAAGGCACUUGAUGCGUUCACAUCCGAGGGUGAAUUCUACGACGAGGUUCCGGCAGAUGGCGCUCUCAGGGUAGCCAAGACUCAUCCGGGAAAUGGCAAAUACACUUUGAAAGUUCGCGGAGCUUUGUUGACAGACAAGAAAGAGAAAGCCGCUCAUCUGAAGAGUAAAUACUAUCUGUUCCAUGGAGAUCCUCGUGAGGAAGAAGAGCGAAGGUAUGGCAUAUCUACGGUAGUGACUUGAGCCUUGUAUCUUUGCUAAUGGGAUUCAUGGAGUAGACGAGAGCGCAGGUCGGACAGACGGUCAGGACGAGACAGCCGUGGUGACUACUAUCGCAGACCGCGAAGACGCAGUGCUUCUCCAGGACGUUACUC